AUGAGUCAGGCGACGAUACCUUACGGAAUCCCGGGAAUCAACGAUCUACGCAGCGUACACACUUUGGAUCGAGUGAAUAUUCGAUUUUAUAAUUGUUCCCAGACAAACGUCGACCUUAUCUGGAUAGAUUUCGAAGGCCGUCCCAUCCUCUACACCACCAUUGGCGCAAAAUCAUUCUUCGAUAUAACCACAUCCGCAAACAUGUUAGGAUCUCGAUUCUUGAAGAAAGUCCGAGAGAUUGCCGGCACCAAGGACAUUGAAGGCACCGUUCAUCGCGCACUAACAGCUCCUGAUGCCGACGCCACCGAGCUUUUCGCCACGUUUCGGUCUACCGUUGAUCGAGAUGAGAUUAUCGACGUGAUUGUCCAACAAUCAAUCGCUCAUUCUGCAAUCUGCAAAAAGCUGACUUCCGGGCACCUGGAAUUCCUCGUUGAACAUUACCGCCUACUCGCUGUCGGCUCAGCAUCAACGCUUUUGAAGAAGCUGGCGGAGAAGGCGACAACAACGUCUGACGGUCUACGCAACAUCAUAUUUCUGAUCAACCACGCGAUCCAGCAUAUGAAUGUUAUUGGAUCCGAAAAAUUGUGCCACUUCAUCCUCGACUAUCUGCCCUCGACGAUCAAUUCACUUCGGUCUACUGCCAAAGGCCUGAUUUAUCCCUUGCUCCAAACCUACUUUGACGUGUAUAUUUUCUUGCACAAAGAUUUGGCUUCGUCACGAAAUGACUUUGGCUCAGGAUUGGUUGAUUUUGAGGGUGAUCCAUUCUUCACUUUGCUCAUUGAGUGUCUUUCGACAAAGGCGGCUUCAAAGCACCCAGCGCUCCCCGAUGUGCCUUCAAAUGACGUCGAUUGGGAUAUGAACGCCCAGGCCACGAUGAGCCGAUACAUUUUGCGACAUGCUACCUCAAUCCGCUACCAACAAAAUUUUGCAGAGAAACUGGUGUUCGCCAUUAAAACUUUUUUGGCUUUUGACAAGGUGGAUGAACUCGAAGAAUCUAUCGCCGAAUCAAACCUUAUUUUGCGCAGCGAUGUCGAAUCUUUUUGGGAUCCGCUAUCCACGGCAUUAGUUUCUGUCCUGGGAACCAGCUUUGAGAAUGAGGGGACGGAUAGCGAACCAGUGAAGAAAAAGCGUAAGAAGGGAAUUGCAGCCGUGUCUGUGGAUCACUCGUCUUUGAAACGGUUGUUCACCUGUGUAGAUGCGCGGGAGAUGACGGCAGAUAAAUUUGCCGCUAUGAUUAGCUUGGUUAUCCGCGGGACGAAGUCGCCAGAUAAUUCGUUGUCGAUCGUAUCGUGGGAUAUUCUAUAUUCGCUGAUCGUCGAACAAUCGACGGAUGUGGCCGUGAAGUUGACAACACUUCCAAAUGAGGAGAUCACGACUGCUCUUCUGGAUGCCCCAUCAUUUCCAGAGGGCGCCGAGUUGUUCAAGAUCUAUUCUCUUAUCUGGCGUAUAUUCGCAUGCAACCAAAAGCUCCUGAAGAAGCUACGGAAAGCCGAACCCUCCGCCGAAACCCGCGACUUAUUUACGGUGGCGAAGCUGCGGCUGGCAUCCAGCGGGGCCUUCAGUAUAUCACAGUUAGGAACUUGCCUGCUCGAUGCUCUUGUUUCGUGGAAUAGGGACAAUGUGAAUGAGGCCAUCGAAUUGAACGUCAUCGAUUCAAAGAGGCGAAAGAAAUUGGCUGACUUUGCCUUCAAUAGCAUCACGGACCAUGCCGCUACGUCCUCACAGAAGUCGAUUGCCCUCGAGUUUUUCAAGUUGCGCGCCGCCACGUUUUUGAAGGAGUCGAGCAAGAUCGAGAAGGCACACAUUGAACGGCUGCUCGAUUGGGAGAUCCUGGCGGCGAUUGAGCCGCAUCUGGUGGCCACGAUUGUUGAGAAGGCUCAGCCACCUGAUCUCGUCAAGCUCAUCGAUUCUUACCCAAUUACAAGCAACAAUUCGAAGCUCUUACUUGCCCUUGACGCUGUUCUGUGCCCGAAGUUGCAGAAAUUCGUGGACCCGAUUGUCGAAAAGCUCCGAACAAUACUCUCGAACUCUUGUGAAAUGGAGGAAUCGAUUCAGUUGUCUGCUACCAUCCUUCAGAACCUAUGUGCCCCAAAGAAUGCCAUCAACGAUUUGGUCGGCCUAAUGACGAGCUUGGUUUUGAAUCUGCUAACGCUGCCCGGCCAGAAACUCUCGGAGAACAGCUAUGCCCUGGUCCACUGCGGCAAACUGCUUAGUUCGUUACUCCGAGCCGCUCCCCACAAAAUUCUGCAUGAUCGUUGCGCAACGUACAUUGGACUGUUCGGCUUGUAUUUGCAAAAGGUGACAUCGUUUGUCGAAAAAAACCCUGGCGAUGGCCAGAUUCCACAACUUCGCGAUAGUUGUGAGCGGAUUGUGGGAGGAAUCUCGACAUAUGAGGAAUUUUUCGAAAUGACUAUUCCCGGAACGCUGGCAUCCACGGUCCUCGGCUGGGAACAUUUACCGUUGACGUUCAUUAGACUUACAUCAAUCAUGCGCCCGAAACUAUCUGCUUGCUUGGCAACCAACCUGCCUCCAAGCGAGAAACGCGCUUUUUCACGUUUGAUGGAAAAUGUGAAACGAGCCAACAAGAAAACGUCU